AUUCUGUAGCCCCUCAGAAGUCAUUUUAUAGUAGCCACUGGGAAGCACGUAGGUUGGACAGAGGAACAAACUCCAUUCUGCUUUUUUAUAUACUGGAUCAGAAAAUACCAAACUUGCAAGUAGCCAUGGUCUUUCCUCUGGUGUCUGAAGAGAAUAUUCUAUUCGAUUUUUUUCAGGCAAUCCUAUCACACUUGGCUCUAUUCUGCAUACUAAUUUCAGUUACAGCCAUAGCCAUCGCCUGGUUUAUUAGAGAUUCUUUCAAAGUUGAAGAUUUUGACAAGAAACAUGUCUUUAUCACGGGCUGUGAUAGCGGAUUUGGACAUUUGUUGGCAAGGCAGCUUGACCAAAGGGGGUUUCAUGUAAUAGCCGCAUGUCUCACGGAGAAAGGUGAAUCGGAACUGAAGGCUGCGGCCUCUCCCAGACUGAAGACAGUUCUGUUCAAUGUUACCGACAGUCCGAGCAUCGAGAGUGCGGUGGAGUUUGUGCGCGCUGAGGUUGGAGAGCGAGGUCUCUGGGGGCUGGUCAACAACGCUGGGAGGUCCACACCUAUAGGCCCCACUGAAUGGAUGCAGUUGGAGGACUUCAAGAAAGUUCUAGAUGUGAAUUUAAUAGGUCUGAUUGACGUGACCCUGAAGUUCCUCCCACUCUUAAAGAAGGCUCAAGGAAGGGUGGUCAAUGUUGCCAGUAUCCUGGGGAGGCUUGCCCUCAACGGAGGAGGCUACUGCCUAUCUAAGUAUGGUGUGGAGGCCUUCUCUGACAGCCUUAGGCGGGAUAUGCAGCAUUUUGGUGUAAAAGUGAGUAUCAUUGAGCCUGGUUUCUUCAAGACGGGUGUGACCAGGCUGGACCUCAUUGAAGCAGACCUGCAGAGACUGUGGAACCGUCUCCCUGAGGAGGUCAAGCACUCGUAUGGACCCACAUUCUUUGACGAAUAUGUAAAAGCUCAGGAUUUCUCCAUGGGUCUCCUGUGCAGUUCAGACAUCUCCAAAGUGACCAGUUGCAUGCAGCAUGCCCUUACAGCCCGCCACCCACGGACCCGCUACUCACCUGGUUGGGAUGCUAAGUUCAUCUGGAUCCCCCUGUCCUACCUCCCUGCAUUCAUAGCAGACUUCACAGUCGCUGUUCUACUUCCUGUCCCCAAAGACGACAGAAAGAGCCAUGCAAACCAAGUGGGUGUGGAAAACACAUGAGCCACUGGACUCUUUCCUUUAUCAAUCACAUCUAUGAUACAUUUUAGAUUGAUUUAUAUUCAUUAUUUGCAUUUCAAGGAUGUUGAUACUACACUGAAUAAAAAUAUAAAUGCAACA